CUGUCGUCUUGUUUUUUAUGCAAAUUGUUGCUCUUGGUUCUUCAUUGCUCUUCCUCGUGCCUUUUAAGGAAACAAAGACUCAUUUAUAGAACUUCUCCACACUAGAUUAAAUAGUUCACAGUUUGUCCGUUAAGUAGUGUUCGAGAGAUUUCGAUUUCACCAUGCAGUUCCCUGCCACUUCAACCGUUCGAGUCCUUGGAACAAUGCUCUUGACUCACGAAUUUGAUCACAAAGACAUCUGUGUCAUGGGUUAUCCGCAAGAGAUUGCUAAUAAUAGUCGACAGUUCACUUUGAAGACCACCGACCAAAAAAAUAUUCAAGUUGUCCUUUCACAGCCAAUUGCAGAACAUCUUGAAGGCAUGGUCCAAGUCCGGGGAAAAUUUGAUGGUCAACGAAUCCAAGCUCAAAGUUAUAAUAUGCUACUACCAGAACUGGCUGAAGAUUUUGAUGACAAUACUUACAAUGAAGCUGUGAAACUUCUAAGGAGCAAUGAAUAAUGUUUUGACAUAAGUUAAAAUGUAUCAAGUGGUGGUGAAAACAACAAAUAAAAUCUUGAUUUCUUUCUCUGA